GUUUCCAGGUCUUAGCUACCUUACCUUACGUAUAAGUCAGCAGCCAAGGUAAUAAAGAGGAGUUAACAAAGUAAGCCACUGAAGAAUCUCCCCAACGAUUACAAGGGUCCAGCUUUCCCCAUGCAUCCAAUUUCACCGGGGUCUUUAUCCAAGCUUAGCCAUAGUUACCCUUACCUUAGCCCAUCCAUUCACUCAUCUCCACCGGAGCCCGUUCAUCUUUCCAUCUGGCCAUUGCCUGCCUGUCUUAUCUUCCCUUCCUUCUUCUUCCUCUCUUCUAUUCCUCUCCAGCCGUUUCCUCGAGGUCGAUAUUUGUUGAUUAGCUUGCGCCAUACUUCACUGUCAACUAUCACAAGCUCAUUGAAGUAAAUCGCCAAUAUGCGCUUCUCGUCCUCCACUGUUCUUGCGGCUCUGCCCGCCCUUGCUGCCGCUCAGGACUCGCCUAUCGACCAGUAUAAGGCCCAGUUCCAAAAUGUCAUCGGACAGUUCGCCUCAUAUAUUCCCAACCCAGGCCACCAUGACCCUGUCGCAGCCGCUGAGGCGAAGGCUGGUUCUAUGAGACUCAACGUCCUGACCCUUGAGAACUGGAAGCAAACCCUUUACGAGCCUGUUUCCGCUGGUGCUACUACUCCUGAGGAGUGGUGGUUGCUCAUCUCUGGCGGCAACAAGACCUGCUACGGUCGAUGCGGAACUGUCGAGCAGGCCUUCAACGAGACCGCUGCCAAGUUUGCGCUCCUCGACAACACCCCCCAUAUGGCCUACUUGAAUUGCGACAACCAGCCCAUUCUCUGCAAUGCCUGGUCUGCGGGUCCCGCCAGCCUCUAUAUCAUUGAGAUGCUCCCCGAACCUGCGCCCGUCGAGAUUUACAGCAAGAGGCUUAACUUGACUACCACAACCUCCGACACUCUGGUUGCCUUCCACGAGUCCGGUAGCAAGGACCAGUUCCAUCGCAUUGACAGCAGCUGGUUCCAUCCCUUCAACGGCAAGCUUGCCGAGUACGGCGUAGCUGUUCCCUUCGGCUACCUCAUGUGGGCUAUGGGUCUCAUCCCCAACUGGCUCUUCAUGCUCGUUGUCUCUUUCGGUAGCCGCGCCAUGAUGUGAGUUAUCUCAACCCCUGAGCCAAAUAAACAUUGAUACUAAUAGUACCAGGUCCCGUCGCAUGCAAGGCGUCAACGGUGCCCCCCAGGCUGGUGCUCAGCGCGCCCAAUAAUUCGGUCUUAGCAAACACUUGACAGACUUUAGUGAUGGAACCGUCAAAUUGUUCGAUGUCUGGGAAAAUGUUGAUUUGUCGUGCAAAUAUAUGAAGUUUCUGGCUCGGAGAGAUCGUGAUUAUUCUCGUGAAGUUGCAGACGCCCUUGAAGUGAUCUGUUCGUUCAUGACUUGUUUUCGCAAGCUGCUUCCACGUUUUUGAGGCCAUCAAUAACCCCCUCGCUUAUUCGACCAUUAGCGAAUUUCCCAUAUCGUAGAUCGCUCAAUGCUCCUAUAGUCUGUUGUACAGAGUCGAGUAAAGUUGCUUCUUCCUCUUUCAAAUGUGCAAGUUCGGCAUGUAGUGCACCUGCGGCACCCUCAAGUUCUGGAAUAACAGAGUUGAGAGUAUGUUUGGCACUCGCUGCACCUGAAGCAUCUCCAA